AGAGUAUAACGGAGUUUGUAGAAUGGAAUUUCGACUCAGGACGUCAUAUUUCAAUGUUUGGUCUAGCCCUGUCUUCAUUUCUGAAAGUGCCGAAAUCAGAUGUCUUUGACGCACUCUCUGCUAUUCUGGAAGCAUAUAUUGAUCCGUUUGAUGACGAAUGGAAGGGUAUCCCUGAGGAGCCUAUUGAUGUGCGAAGGUUUAAAGUUGAGCGGUUAUGCCCCCAAUAUCGAUUCGAAGAUACAGAUGGAGAGGAGAGCGAGUUAGACGAGGAUGAUUAA